AUGACAAUUACUAAGGCUCAAGGCCAAACCUGUGAAAGACUUGGAAUUGAUCUUUCAGAUGAGCCCUUUGCUCAUGGGCAACUAUAUACAGCAUUAUCACGUGCUACAAAUAGUAAAUUCAUUCGAGUAUUCGCCCCUAAUAAACCCAAAGAUGAAGAUGGAAAUGUUCUCAUUAAUAAUGUUGUUGCUCGCGGUCUUACCUUUGAUUAGUCUGUAUUGUGAAAUUU